AUGGACAGUGGCGGACCCGGCAAUGGUCCUGAGGGACAAGAGGAUGUUGACCUUUACGAGCUGCUCGGAGUGGAGAGGACGGCAACCCCAGAUCAGAUCAAGAAGGCGUACAGGAAGGCUGCCCUGCAACAUCACCCUGACAAAGUUCCCGAGGAUCGCCGCGAAGAGGCCGAGGCGAAGUUCAAGCAGGCCACCCAAGCCUACGAGAUCCUCCGCGAUGAUGAGAAACGAGAAAUGUACGACCAAUACGGCAUGGCCGCCUUCGACCCCUCCCGAGGCGGCGGUCCCGGCGGUGCCGAAGUCGAUCUGAACGACAUCUUGGCGCAGAUGUUCGGCAUGGGCGUCGGCGGCGGAGCAGGCGGACCACGACGGCCGAGGCGCGGCCGCGAUGAGGAGCAACAGUACAAGGUGACGCUGGAGGAGCUGUACAAGGGCAAGACCGUCAAGUUCUCGGCGAACAAGAAGGUCAACUGCAGCCAGUGCAAGGGCUCGGGCGGCAAGGAGAAGGUCAAGCCACAGACCUGCGACCGCUGCAAAGGCAACGGCUUCCAGGAGGCGUUCCAGCAGAUCGGGCCAGGAAUGGUCCGCAGGGCCCAGGUGCAGUGCGACCACUGCCAGGGCUCAGGGAACUACCACAAGGAGAAGGACCGCUGCAAGAGGUGCAAGGGCAAGCGCAUCGUCGACGAGAUCAAGCCCCUGGAGAUCUACAUCCCUCGAGGCUCCAUGCAGGGCAAGCAGAUCAGGCUGGAGGGUGAGGCUGACCAGCACCCUGACCAGACGCCUGGGGAUAUUAUCUUCACGCUCGUCGAGGAGCCGCACGAUGUCUUCACGAGAAUCGGCCAGGACCUGUCUGCUGACCUGAAUGUCACCCUUGCCGAAUCCCUCUCCGGCUUCUCAAGAGUGGUCCUGAAGCAUCUUGACGGACGUGGAAUUCACAUCGACUUCCCCCGCGGCAAGAUUCUGCGGCCUAACGAGGUGAUCAAGGUCGCCGGGGAGGGUAUGCCGCUCGAGAGGGGUGACUCCAAGGGCGACCUCUACUUGAUCGCCAAGAUUGAGUUCCCUGAGAACGGAUGGCUGAGUGACGACAAGUCGUACGAGGCUCUGCAGAAGCUGCUGCCUCCUCCUGCUGCCCCUAUUGUGACGGAGGAGACCGACGAGGUGGAUUACGAGGAAGACGUGGACAUUGAGGAGAUGGGUGCUCAUUCAGGAGACGCACGGUUCGGCGGCGACUGGGAGGAUAUGGACGAGGAAGAGGGAACCACGCAGUGUGCCACUCAGUAA